AUGGCCACAUAUAAAGUGAGGGUGGCCACGGGCACGGACCUCUUGUCCGGGACACUGGACAACAUCUCGCUGACCAUCGUGGGGACUCAAGGCGAGAGCCACAAGCAGCUGCUGAACCACUUCGGGAGAGACUUUGCCACUGGGGCGGUGGACGACUACACAGUGCAGUGCCAGCAGGACCUGGGUGAGCUCCUCAUUGUCCGCCUGCACAAAGAGCGCUACUCCUUCUUCCCCAAGAACCCCUGGUAUUGCAACUAUGUGCAGAUCUGUGCCCCGGAUUGCCGCGUCUACCACUUCCCUGCCUACCAGUGGAUGGAUGGCUACGAGACCCUGGCCCUCCGGGAGGCCACAGGAAGGACGGCAGCGGACGACUGCCUCCCCGUCCUUUUGGAACACAGACAAGAGGAGCUCAGAGCCAAGCAGGACUGCUACCACUGGAGGGUCUUCGUGCCUGGCCUGCCCAACUACGUGCACAUCCCAAGUUACCACCCUCCUGUCCGGCGCUUCCGAAACCCCAACCGGCCCGAGUGGAAUGGCUACAUCCCGGGAUUCCCCAUUCUCAUCAAUAUCAAUGCCACCAAGUACCUGAACUUAAAUCUUCGCUACUCCUUCCUCAAAACGGCCUCCUUCUUCUACCGGCUGGCGCCCAUGGCGCUGUCAUUCAAAGUCCGCGGCCUGUUGGACUGCAAACGCUCGUGGAAGAGACUCAAGGAUAUUAAGAAAAUUUUCCCUGGCCACAAGUCUGUCGUCUCCGAGUACGUGGCCGAGCACUGGGCGGAGGACAGCUUCUUUGGGUACCAGUACCUUAACGGCGUCAACCCAGGCUUGAUCCGCUGCUGCACGCGGAUCCCAGACAAGUUCCCCGUCACAGACGACAUGGUGGCCCCAAGCCUGGGUGAGGGCACGUGCCUGCAGGCGGAGCUGGAGAAGGGGAACAUUUUCCUAGCAGACUACGGCAUCCUGGAGGGCAUCCCCACUGUGGAGCUCAAUGGCCAGACUCAGUACCACUGCGCCCCGCUCUGCCUGCUGCACUUGGGCCCCGAGGGCAACCUGAUGCCCAUCGCCAUCCAGCUCAGCCAGACCCCCGGGCCUGAUUGCCCCAUCUUCUUGCCCAGCGACUCGGAGUGGGACUGGCUGCUGGCCAAGACAUGGGUGCGCUAUGCUGAGUUCUACUGCCACGAGGCCAACGCCCACCUGCUGGAGACCCACCUCAUCGCGGAGGCCUUCUUCCUGGCCAUGCUGAGACACCUGCCCAUGUGCCACCCCCUCUACAAGCUCCUCAUCCCCCACACGCGCUACACCGUCCAGAUCAACAGCAUCGGGCGGGCACUGCUGCUCAACGAAGGUGGCCUGUCCGCCAGGGGCAUGUCUCUGGGCUUGAAGGGCUUCGCCGAGGUGAUGGUGCGGCGCCUGUCUGAGCUCACCUAUGAUAGCCUCUACCUCCCCGAUGACUUUGUGAAGCGUGGGGUCCAGGACCUGCCCAGAUAUUAUUACCGUGAUGACAGCUUGGCCGUGUGGGAUGCGCUGGAGAGGUACGUGACAGAGAUCAUCAGCUAUUACUACCCCUGUGACGCGGCCGUGGAAGGCGACCUGGAGUUGCAGUGCUGGGUGCAGGAGAUAUUCAAUGAGUGCCUCUUGGGGCGUGAGAGCUCAGGUUUCCCCACGUGUUUGCGAACGGUGCCAGAGCUGAUCCGCUAUGUCACCAUCAUCAUCUACACCUGCUCUGCCAAGCACGCAGCUGUCAACACAGGCCAGCUGGAGUUCACCGCCUGGAUGCCCAACUUCCCCUCCUCCAUGCGGAACCCACCGAUGCAGGCCAAGGGCCUGACCACUCCGCAGGUCUUCCUGGACACGUUGCCAGACGUGAAGACCACGGGCAUCAUCCUCCUGGUGCUGUGGACCCUGAGCCGGGAGCCUGACGACAGGCGGCCCCUGGGCCACUUCCCGGAUAUCCACUUCGUGGAGGACGCUCCGCGGCGCAGCAUCCAGACCCUGCGCCAGCGCCUGGCCGAGAUCUCGCACGGCAUCCGCCAGCGCAACAAGUGCCUGCCCAUCCCCUACUACUACCUGGACCCGGUGCUGAUCGAGAACAGCAUUUCCAUCUAG